UGCCAUUUGUCUUGGUGCAUCCGCUGGAAUCUACCGGUCCCCCUCGUUUCCCAGUUGAAGGUGGGUGAGGGAAGUUAAGAGUUAGGGUUUCAGAAAACCAAACCCAGAAUUUCACAUGGAUUCAAUUUCCAACCCCUGUUCCUGUUUUUGUUACCGUUGCUCCUUACCUUGAUUACUCCAAUAAAUUAUUUUUUUUCCUUUUUUGUACAAACUCAUGUUCCAUGGACUUAUCCUCUCAAUCUACUGAUACGUCAUCGACCCUCUCUUUAGGGCUAGUGUCUCCUUCGCCGCCUUCCCAACGUACCCAGAUCGCCGAUGAGUCCAUAACUCUCCAGCUGGACGCCAGGGACCACGCCCAACCGGUCCCACCAGUCCCUCUGCAACUCCUCGAACCGCAAACGGAGAACCAUAGCUCCCUCCAAAACGGGAACCGAAAUGAAAGGGAGAGUUACGAUGAUGAUGAAGAGAGUAAGGAAAUCGAAGAAUUCCAAUUGUUAGGACAUUCCAUGUGCCUCAAAAGGCGGAGAGAUAGCUGCUCUAUGUCGUCGUCCAAGCGAAUGAUGUUGGAGCCUGAUCUUGAGACGAGAAAAGCAGCCGUGAAAUCAUGGGGCAGUCAGCCGCUCCACGUGGCAGAUCCCGACGUGUUUGAUAUGAUGGAACAGGAGAAAAAGCGGCAAUUCAUGGGAAUUGAGUUGAUAGCCUCCGAAAAUUUCGUUUGCCGGGCCGUUAUGGAAGCCCUGGGAAGCCAUUUAACCAACAAAUACUCCGAAGGGAUGCCGGGAGCAAGGUAUUAUGGCGGGAAUCAGUACAUUGAUGAAAUCGAAACCCUUUGUUGGAAACGUGCAUUGGAGGCUUUUGGGCUUGAUGCCGAGAACUGGGGUGUCAAUGUGCAGCCUUAUUCAUGUACAUCAGCGAAUUUCGCAGUGUAUACCGGAUUGCUAUUGCCUGGAGAUAGGAUCAUGGGAUUGGAUACUCCAUCUGGAGGCAAUACGAGUCACGGAUAUUAUACCCCGAAUGGGAGGAAAGUGUCCGGUGCAUCGAUAUUCUUUGAAAGUUUGCCGUAUAAAGUGAAUCCGCAAACUGGGUAUAUUGAUUAUGAGAAGUUGGAGGAGAGGGCACUUGAUUUUAGGCCCAAGAUAUUGAUUUGUGGUGGGAGUUCAUAUCCGAGGGAAUGGGAUUAUGCAAGGUUUAGACAGAUUGCGGAUAAGUGUGGUGCUGUUUUGCUGUGUGACAUGGCUCAGAUUAGUGGACUUAUUGCUGCUAAGGAAUGUGCGAAUCCCUUUGACUACUGUGACAUUGUUACCUCAACCACUCAUAAAAGCCUCCGAGGUCCCAGAGGAGGUAUAAUUUUCUAUAGAAAGGGUACAAAGACAAGGAAGGGAGGGAUGCUUCUAAGCCAAGGAGAUGAUAACGAUCAAUAUGAUUUUGAGGAAAAGAUAAAUUUUGCUGUUUUUCCAUCUUUGCAAGGUGGACCGCAUAAUAAUCAUAUUGCUGCUCUUGCCAUAGCGUUGAAGCAAGUGGCUACACUAGAGUACAAGGCCUAUAUGCAUCAAGUGAAGAAAAAUGCUCAGGCUUUAGCAUCUGCAUUGUUAAGAAGAAAAUGCAGGCUAAUUACUGGAGGCACAGACAACCAUUUGUUACUCUGGGAUCUAAGACCUUUUGGGUUGACAGGUAAAAUUUAUGAGAAGGUCUGUGAGAUGUGUCAUAUUACUCUCAAUAAAAUUGCUAUUUUUGGUGAUAACGGUGCCAUUACUCCUGGAGGAGUAAGGAUUGGUACUCCUGCUAUGACAUCAAGAGGUUGCCUAGAGUCUGAUUUUGAGACAAUUGCUGACUUUCUCCUCAGAGCUGCACAUAUCGCUAGUAUGAUGCAUCGUGAUCAUGGGAAGUUACAAAAAGCCUCCUUGAGGAGUCUCCACAAUAAUAAGGAUAUUUUGGAGCUCCGAACACACGUUGAGACUUUUGCAUCUCAGUUUGCAAUGCCAGGUUUUGACAUUUGAAUGAAUUGUGGAGGUGCCUAACACCAAGGAUUGCAUGCUGCCUCCUAGGCUAAAAUCUGCCGCCACCCCAAAUUCGGAUCCUUUGUUUGGUUUCUGAAUUAGCCACUGCAAUUUUAUUUGGCUACAGCUUUUUGCAGUUGCCAACCUCUGAAUUCCAAUGCAAACUCUGCAAAGGAAUUGUCGAUGCUCGAAGGAGGAAGCAAAGGUUGCUUUCCUGUAUCCAACCCACACCACUCUAGUUUCCUAAAUGGUUGCAGAAUGCUUGAAAAUAUUGCAAUAAUUUUGGCAGUUACCGUGAGCCUGUAUUUCCCUUCGUAGCAACUUUCCUAGUUGUGUUUACAGAUUUGUUGAAUUUGAUUAUUAACAAUUUGAACCCAGAAUUCUUUUCUUUUCAUUGUUUGAUACAGUGAAUCCUGUGUACUAUCAACAAUUCAUUGAUCUUCCCUUUUUUAAUGUAGUAUGGAGAAAAGCAUCAAUAGGGCAAUGUGUCUAACGUAAAUGCAAUGAUAAUUGAGACUUGAAUAUUCUAAAGGAAAAUUUUUUAAUCUCAUCCAAAAUAUCUAAAGCCAAAGUUUGCCAUCAGAAUCAAAAUAGGUACUACUGGAUUAGUAAUCUAGGGG